GCCGUAGCAUAAAAACAAUAUGGCUGCCUCCUUAUUGUCUCAGGGAAUAAGGAGAUGUCCCGCACACACCUGUACCGUUGCCUUCAGGAGGUCUUUGAGUUCUGCUCCUUCAUCUGUCUUCAACAGAUUCCUCUUGAAACUCAACCACCACUUUUAUGAUGUAAAGAACAUUGUAGGCUGGAGCAGCUGGUUGAGGACACGCCUGGUCAGACGCAAGAAUAAGUUGUUCAAUUACACGCACCAGAGGUAUGGGGAUAAUAUAGCAGCGGCCUAUUACAUUUUGAGUCUCAAAGGAAGUUUCAGAUUUGCUGGUCAGUCUGAGUGGUUUCGUCCAGACUCCAGAGGAAGGUUCAGCUAUGAGUUUCUGAACACCCCUGACGCACAUAUUGAGCAAAUGGAUUUGGGUGGCACCCUAAUAAACCAUGAUGGACUCGAUAAUCUUGUAAGGCAGAACAAACUACAAACUCUUUCUCUUCGAGGAUGUCCUGAAGUGGACGACUGGUUCCUCGGCCGUCUGCAUGUAUUUGGCGAGAGUCUGAUGGAGUUAGAUCUGUCUCACUGUUCCUGUGUCACUGUGGGAGGACUUGCUGCAUUAAAGAACCUCAGAAAGUUACAGCAUCUGGACAUUUCUGGACUUCCUCUGCUACAGAGUCCAGGCCUGGUGCGGAUUCUGGUGGAAGAAAUGCUGCCACAUUGCCGGGUCACUGGAGCUGAUUAUGAGCGAGGCUUAAUCCAGACAGACAGUCUUGAGCCCCCAGAGGACCAUAGUGAAACCUCCUCACAAACCAACACUGGACUCAGAGCUAUAUGAACAAGAAUACAGAUAUGACGAUGGGACUGCUGAUGAUGAAAACUUAUAAGUUACUAUACAGUCAUUUAAACCCCCACUGUUAUUUUAAAAGUGAUCUAUAUGUUGUUUGUUGCAUUCUUGUGACAGUGUUGUAAAAAAAUUGUUUUUGACAAAAACACAUUAAAUAUUUAUGUUUAAAAAUUUAAAACUAAAACUUAACAUAAAUAUAAUUUUUUUGGUACUAUUUAAUGUGGAUUAUUUAAUUCCCUUGAAAAAGUUAAGUAAGGGAUAACUCUUAUUUUGUUCUUUUUAAUUGAAUUACAGUUACUUCUGAUGUAAUUGAACUAAAUACCGUGUAAAAUAUUCAAUAGUGGAAACGAUAUCAAAAUUAUAAGUCUAACUUUAAAAUGUAUGCUACAAUGUAUCCUUCCCACAUUUGUAUACUUUGGUCAGUUAAUAAGAAUCAUUUGUGUAGUUAUUUGUUAUUUAUUUGAAUGAAUUAAAUAAACUGUUUCAUGUCUA